CUUUUCAGCUCGUUUUCUCCCUGUCAUUCUCUCUCAAUCUUUGAUCAAUGUACUACUGUAGAGAGCCAGCCUAGAUCCUGCAAACCCCUUCCUUUCCACCUCCUCCUUUACCUAUAAAACAAAACAAAAUAUAUAGAAGAACACAUCCCGCUGGACUUUGAUUUUUUUUCGGGACACUUAUACUGGCUAUAUACCUUGAACUUAUUCACAUAGGUGACCAUGGCAGUACCGGCUGCUUUGAUCCCCCCGACCCCGCUUGUCCCUCAACCUCCGAUUUCAACUACUUCAGCCACAUCUUCGCCCUCGACAACCUCUUCUCCUUCUCCUUCGGUCGCUCCUUCUGGGCAGAACCUGUUUCGAUCGGAGCCGAUUAACAACAGCAACAGCCCUGGCAUCCCUGUCGGCAGCCUGCCGAGCAAGCCGGUGUACUCGACUCCGUCUCCAGUUGAGAAUACUCCGCAGAAUAACGAGUGUAAAAUGGUGGAUUUGAGGGGAGCUAAGGUCGCUUCAUUCACAGUGGAAAGCUGUGAACUAAUCUGCCUUCCUCAGGCUUUUGAUCUGUUUUUGAAGCACUUGGUCGGGGGACUGCACACCGUGUACACCAAGCUGAAGAGGCUGGAGAUCACGCCGGUGGUGUGUAAUGUGGAGCAAGUCCGGAUCCUGAGGGGACUCGGGGCCAUCCAACCAGGAGUGAACCGCUGCAAACUGAUCUCCAGAAAGGACUUCGAGACCCUUUACAACGACUGCACCAAUGCAAGCUCUAGACCCGGGAGGCCUCCCAAGAGGACGCAGAGUGUUACAUCCCCAGAGAAUCAGCACAUCAUGCCACAUACUGUCCCAGGUCUCAUGUCACCAGGAAUCAUUGCUCCUACAGUGGCAGGAUUCCACCCACUCUUCUACAGAUUCCACUCUGACACGGAUGAUAUUUUAAAGGAUAGUGACAAAUGUCGGCAGACAACAGCAGAUGCUGAGUUUUGCAGAGGAUUUCUUCAAGCUGCUCAGAGACUGCCCGGAGCACACCUUCAUGAUGUCAACACGUUCAAGUCAAGGUACUACCUUGGAUCAGGUCUCUCAGCCGCAGCAGCUGCAGCUGCCGCUGCCACAAACGCUGCCAUUGCAGAGGCCAUGAAGGUAAAGAAGAUCAAGUUAGAAGUCAUGAGCAGCUACCACAGUAGCAAUAACCAGCAUGGGGCAGAUUCAGAGAACGGAGACCUGAAUUCCAGCGUGGGUAGCUGUGAUGUUUCCUGGGAUAAAGAGAAACUUCAGUCUCCCAAUGCCCAAGGAUUACAGGCCUCAGUUACCCAUCCCAGCCUACCUGGACAGCAUAAACGUUCAGUUAGUCACCCCCUUAACCCUCUCCAGCAGAACCACCUUCUACCAAAUGGUUUGGAGCUUCCCUUCAUGAUGAUGCCCCACCCCCUGAUUCCUGUCAGCCUACCUCCUGCAUCGGUUACCAUGGCAAUGAGUCAGAUGAACCACCUCAGCACGAUCGCUAACAUGGCAGCUGCCGCACAAGUACAGAGUCCCCCUUGCAGAGUCGAGACUUCAGUUAUCAAGGAACGCGUACCCGACAGCCCGUCUCCCGCCCCGUCCCUUGAGGAUGGGAGGAGACCCGGCAGCCAUCCCUCUUCUCACCGGAGCAGCAGUGUGUCCAGCUCUCCCGCUCGCACCGAAAGCUCUUUAGACAGAAUCCCUGUGCAUCAGAAUGGACUAUCCAUGAACCAGACACUUAUGGGAUUGUCACCAAAUGUAGUGCCCGGCCCCAAGGAAGGAGAUCUCGCCACCCAUGACAUGGGCCAUGAAGCAAAAAGAAUACACCUUGAAAAAGAUGAGACUCCACUCUGCACUCCGACUGCAAGAGACAGCUUUGAAAGACUUUCCCUGGCAGGACAGCAUUUACCUCCAGGAUUCCCAUCACCUUUCCUCUUUCCUGAUGGCUUGUCUUCGAUAGAGACCCUUCUGACCAACAUACAGGGCCUCUUAAAGGUUGCCAUCGACAACGCCAGAGCCCAAGAGAAGCAGAUCCAGAUGGAGAAGACAGAGCUGAAAAUGGAGCUAUUCAGGGAGAGAGAGCUCAGAGAAACCAUAGAGAAGCAGCUAGCUGUGGAGCAGAAAAACAGAGCAAUAAUUCAGAAGAGGUUAAAGAAGGAGAAGAAGGCAAAAAGGAAAUUACAGGAAGCACUUGAAUAUGAAACCAAAAGGCGAGACCAAGCAGAACAGACACUGAAGCAGGCAGCUUCUACAGACAGUCUCAGGGCCCUCAACGAGUCUUUGACCCAGGAGAUGGAGGCUGACCGUGGCAGUGGCAGAACAGAUGCUGAAAGGACAAUACAAGAUGGAAGACUUUUUCUGAAGACUUCAGUGAUGUACUGAACCAACUACGCAGAGGCUGUUCUGUGACUAAAUUAAAGACUUAAAAAUGACAACAAAAAAAGAAGCUUUUGAGGGAGCAUUCAGAGCAAGUUAUUUGAGCUGGCAUAUCCACUUGUUUCUAACAACAACAAAAUAGUGAUGAAUACAUCUGAGUGCUGCAAUUACCACCCGUACUCAAGGCUAAAAGGUUCAUAAAUAUAAAAGACUCAUCACAAAACAAUGACUGAUUAGCUGCUGUUGGGCAUUGAAACUGGGGCCUACUGCCUUUUGUAAAUCCUAAUACAUUCUGCAGUGAAAGCUGGACACUGAGCACAGCAGACUGAAAAAUCCAGCAGCACACCUGGAAACCUUUUUUUAAACCCAAUAGUGUAAAGUUGAAGACUUUUAUACUGUACUCAAACCAGCAAGAAAGCUUCAAAUCGAACCUGCAUCUUUUUUUUUCAUCUUUUUUUUUCAAACAACUUAAAAACUGUUACACUUCUUGUCAAAUACACAAGUUUGGGAAGGCUUCUGAAGAAGUGUUUGAUUAGACUGCGUGUUCAAGCCUACACAUGAAUAAUAAACUUUGAUUUCAAAGGUUUUUAAAUUUGAAAGGAAAAAUGCAAUUCACUGUCUUUUUUUUUUCACCACAUUGUAUAUUCUUGAUCUGAAGUGAUGGGAUGUUUUUAAAAUUAAUGAUAACCAAGAUGGUAUGUAUAUAAAAACAAGUUAUUGAAAGAAGGUAUUAUGUAUGCAGUAGAUUUAUUAGGAAACAAAACAUUAAAAUUGGAAGUUCACAUUUAAAAAAAACAACAAAAAAAAACAAUUUUAUUAUUUUGUUUUGUCACCCUGAUAUCAGAGAACUGCCUUUUUAGUUUUAACGCAUGCAGGCAUGUAAAUGUUUGUCCUGGAGUCAUGGUAUUAUAUGAUUGGAAUAUAAAAACACACACACACACACACACACACACACACACAACAACAGAAGCCCUGAAUACUUCUUAUUUGUGACUGUGCUGUGAAUCAGAUACCCAGUUUACUUUUCUAGCAGCAUCAAGCAUCCUUGUGACAGCAUUGACUUAAAGAACACUUGAUGCAUUGAUUAAACCGAAAGUAAAGCUGAGUGAUCGCUUACAUGUCUCCUUCCCUUGUAUUUGGCAAGGUUUGUUUCUGUGUAAUAUUCACUGUCUAUAUUGUGAAGAUAACUGGAAGUAAACCUACGACACAGUACUUACCUUUGUAGUGUAGCUUUCUGUUUAUUUCGCAAUGAUUCAUUCAUCUUUUAAGUCUAAGUUUGAAAGUCGAAAACAGUUCAAAAGCUACUAAUAUGCAUUUUAUAUUAGUAAUAUUAUUUUGGUUAUUUAUAAACUAUAAUACAAUUUAAUAAAUAUCUUCUUUGAUGCGCUGCAGUUUGGUUUAGCCUUUGUCUCUUAUGGGACUGUAAUAUCUGAAGUCUUUUUAUUAGGUGUUUCUUUAACAGCUAGCUUGCUUUUCCAAAGCCUUCAACAUCAAAGGAAAUACAUCUGUAAAUGUCCGUUUUAAUCAAACAGUGACCUCAGCCACAGAGUUCAGAAAUCGCUAAAACAAAUAUCACAUUGUUUAUACAUCUUUAACAUAUUCAUACAUGCAGAUAUGUAUUAAGGAUCAGCUGUCAAUCAGUUAGAGAACUGUUUACUGUAUGUCCAUUUUUGCCUCAGGCUUUUUUUUUUUUUUUUUAGAAACGUGUACAAGCAGAUGGUUUAUUCCACCAGAAAGUUUUUUUUUUUUUUUUUUUAAGUUAAUAGUGAGAUAUUGUGAAUCAAGGAUAGAAAACUGUCGAAAUACAGUAAAAAAAAAUGGAUUGUGUUGGUUUUGUCCUGAUAUGAAUAGUCACCUCAGCAGCUAACCAUGAAAUGGUUAUGGUUUCAAAAAGGGAGAUGGUUAUUUAUAUCAGAAUUAAAGCAUACUGUUUAUCACUAUAAAACUGUGUUUAUUAAAACACCUCAUUAAUAAAGUAUUUUCUUUAAAGGGUUUUGACUGAAUAAGUGUGAUUUGAAAAUAAUUUGAAAAUAUUUUGGGCUUUAGUCUUUACAGGGUUAAUAGCUUGUUGGCUGUGUAUUUCUCACUUAAAAAAAAAAGAAAGCGAUUUACAAUACUUGUACCUUGUAGCAUUUCUCAUCACUCCACACCUUGCAUAGAGUCACCACUUAGCAUUUAUUGGGUUAAGAAAUGUGUACAUUUCCUGCUGUCGAGAACAGUCAAAAUUACAUUUAUAGAGAAAGGGAUUUAAGAAGUGGUUGGAGCAAGAAAGAGCAUUCAAAUAUUUGAUUUCUAGAAAGACUGCAUUAUAAGUUAUUGUUGUUAUUCCACUGUUUAUCAUACAGUUGCUUUUCCAAGUUAUUGUUCAUGGUGCUUUUUUUAUCUUAACAAUAUUUGUGUCAGGCUGUCCUGUCUUAUAGCCACAUUUGCACUCUAUGCAAGCCCUUGGAACAGAUCAUAAUGCUCAUCUUCACGUAGGACCUAUGAAAAUUGUCUAUUUUUAUCUAUAUAUUUAACGUUUUCUAAAAGUAAAAAAAAAAAAAAAAAAAAGGUUAUUACAAAUUUUGUUGUACACAAUCUGUACAAAAUGAGAAAACUGUUUUUACAUCAUAAUUCAAGAAUGCAAGUUUUUUUUCUAUGGUAUCCUAGUUCUUUGAGUCCAGUUUAAAUGUGAGGAUCCACGUUUUACUGUAGUUUCUUUUCUUUUCUUUUCAACAAUCUGCUAAUAAAACUGUCUGAAAUCUCCCAUCUUGUAUUUAUUAUUUCCCUUAAUUAACUUACACUAUGUUAGCACAGAUAGAACAGUCAGCUUUUUACAUUACUACAAGAACAAUGCUGAAUAAUUUGUGAUUUGACAUGCAGCUGCUAUGUUUCUAUCUUGAGUUACUGUGCUGAAAAACAUAAUAAAAACACAUUUUGUUUAACAA